AUGUUGGCCCCCACAAACAACACCACCACACCCGGAAGCAGCAAUGACGCACUCAUCCACUCCCGGUCCAUCUCUUCCAGCAGAGCACCCCAGGAAGCAAACUACCAGAUCGACGACGACUCCCGUGCCAGUGCCAUGGUAGCUGCAUCUCCCCAGUAUAUUACCAAUGGAUACGCAGUGUCCUCAACAUAUACUACCAAUUCUCCUUACCGGACACCAUCGACCGUUCGUAGCCCCCAUGGCCAGUCAUCCGAGGGUUCCCCGUGUACUAGCCACCUUCCGGCCUAUUCGCCCGCACUAAGCUCGAGCUAUAUUCCACCGCCAUCGCCUACGCCUAGUCAGUUGAAUGCCUACCCGGCGCCGGAAGGAACUUACGGCAAAAUGGCAUUAUCUAGCCAUGACGGCGCCUACCAGCACAACACGUACCAGGACCCUUACCAGCAAACCUACCAGCAACAGCCAUACCCAGAACCCAUUGUCCUCUCGUACCCUGAACCCGAACUGGUCGACACUCUCACCUCCGCCGCCGAGAAGCCCAAGCCAUCAUCUACAGGAUCAACGACCAAGCCCACCAACAACGGCCGCCGGAAAAAGUUCAUCUGGAUCGGAUCUUUUGUCAUUCUCAUUCUGAUUGGAGCCAUUGUCGGAGUCGUGGUUUCGAUGAAGAACAAGAAUUCUGACAAUGGCGGCAAUAGCAGCGAUAACUCGACCUCCGGAAAGGGUUCUUCGACGACAUUAACCACAUCCACAUCCACACCCACCACCACUACCGCUGGUCCAAUCCGCUCAGUCCCUGUAACCGUGCCCUCAACCCCCGUAACUGUCUCAUACGCCCCCGUCACCGUCCCCACACCCACAAGUGGCAGCAGCGGGUCCGUAGUCACCCCAAAACCCCUCCCACCUUUACCCGCGAAGGGCCAGUGCCCGACAUUCUUCUGCGAUGACUGGUUCUGGGACUGUCGGGAUAACGUGUGCGCGCAGGAUGGUAACUACAAGGCCUGUACGAGCAAAUGCAAUGGUGUUUUCUUCUGUGAAUCAGAUUGUCGGAGGAGUAACCCUUGUCAGAAGGAGUGUAGUGAUACCUGGAGCAGUUGCCGCGCCUACUGCCGUUAA